AAAAAAAGUGCAUUCCAAUAGGAACUUUCAUUCGAUUGCAUCAGUUCAGUGCUGUGAAAUCAAAACAGAAUAAGCAAGAACUAUUUGAGCACAUAUAUCUAUCAGUUUUUUAAAUAGAAUUCAUUCAUCUCUAGUAUUAUUCCAAGGAUAAUAAAUUGCGUGUUUGAUUUACCGUGCAAAUUUAACAACUGAGUGAAAAUAACAUGGAUAUACAAGGGAAAAAAAAACAAAAGAAAAACCAACCUGGUACCAACCCACAGGCACCAUCCGGUUCAACCCCGGCGCCAUCUCCUGCACCUGCUUCCAGUCAACAAGCAGGUGGUAAAGGAAAAAAAAAGUAUCAACAUGCAGGAGGUGGCGAUAAACCGCAUGAGCAAAAACAACAUCAAUCGAUGUCUACGCCGAUGCAACCUGCUGAACAGCAAGCUACUGCUAACGUGGGCGACAGUAGUGAACAAUCAGUUGCACCAAAAGGACAAGGGAAGAAAGAUUGGAAACAAAAGAAACAGCAAAAGUUUCAGCAAGGUCAUCAACAAGGCCAGCAAUAUCAACAGCAGCAACAACACCACCAGGGUCAGCAACAAUAUUCGCGAGGACAACAACAAUAUUCGCAAAGCGAGCAACAAUAUCCGCAAGGUCAACAACAAUAUGUGCAAGGUCAACAACAAUAUUCCCAAGGCCAACAACGAUAUCCACAAGGCCGACAACAAUAUAUGCAAGGUCAACAACAAUAUUUGCAAGCACAACAACAAUACCCACAAGGCCAACAACAAUAUCCACAAGGCCAACAACAAUAUCCACAAGGCCAACAACAAUAUUUGCAAGGACAACAACAACAUCCGCAAGGCCAACAACAAUAUCCGCAAGGCCAACAACAAUAUUUGCAAGGACAACAACAGCAUCCGCAAGGCCAACAAAAAUAUUUGCAAGGUCAACAACAAUAUCCACAAGGUCAACAACACCUACAAACCGAACAACAAAUUAGUUCUUCAGCUGAUGCUCAACCACAAAAAUUGCCAUAUAAACAGAGGCAACAGCUGAAACAGCAGUCCGAAGAGCAGCAACGUGAAUCAACGCCUUCAUCAUCUGGAUCGUCAGCUGCCCAACAGCCUAAAUCAUCGUACAAGCAGAAGCAACAAAUGAAACACUCAGAAAAACCGGCUGAAUCUACUCCUCCAACGCCGACAUCUACGCAUUCGUCAUCUCCAUCGCACGCAGCAGCGCUAGAACGCGUGGAGGAAGAUUUUGGUGGAAUGAAAAUCGGCAAGCAAAAGUUACAUUCGUCCAGUCUAAUGCAAGUGCUAGAGCGCCCCAACGCUUACGGAAAACAAGGAACUCGAAUUAGGUUGGAAGUGAACUACAUCGAGCUGCUUGUUGAAAAGCUCACUGGGACAGCUUAUCACUACGAUGUGGAUAUUAAGCCUCCUGCAUCCCGCAAGUGGCAGAGGGCUGCCUUUCAAGCGUUUGCUAGGGAAGUGUUUCCUGGGUUCAAUUUUGCGUUCGACGGUAACAAGAAUGCGUACUCGGCCAAGCGAGUGGAAUCGGAUUUCUAUGAGAAUGAAGUGAAAGUGAAGGAAGAUGGUCGAGAACGCAAAUUCACUGUAGCCAUGAAGGAAGCCGCUGUGCUGGAUAUGAGUAGUUUAAAAAGCUACCUUAAAAGCAACAAUUACACUAAGCCUAUGGCUGCAAUUCAGUGUCUAGAUGUAGUUCUUCGCACCGCCUAUGAAAAUGAUCCAAAAUUUGUAAAGUUCAAAAAAUCCAUUUACGUCGUCCCGAGUCAACCACAAAGUGUCGGUGAAAAUCAUGAACUAUGGUACGGAUUAUUUCAGUCGGCUCUGCUAGGGUCUAAACCAUUCUUGAAUAUCGACGUAUCUCAUAAAGCCUUUCCAUCGGGUGGAAAAAUACUAGACAUAUUACGCGAUAUGAACAGAUCGACCCCAGUUUCGAACGAACCGCUACAACCUUGGUUAAUGAAUAACAUCACAACCUACUUAAAGGGAAUGGAAAUAAGUUACACGGGUCCUACCGGAGCCAAUAGAAUAUUCAAAUUCAAUAAAUUUAAAAACGCUGCUAACAAAGAAACCUUUAAAACGGAAACCGGACAGGUUCUCACUGUCGAGCAGUACUUUCGCCAGCAAGGUUAUCCACUCAAAUAUCCAAAUCUACCUGUUAUGCAUGUGGGUAGCACAGUGCGGAAUAUACUGUUACCGAUUGAACUUUGUAGUGUUCCUCGCGGACAGGCGCUUAACAAAAAACAUCCUGACUCGUGUACUCAACAGAUUAUUAGAAGUUCGGCAACUGACACUGCAACGAGAAAGCGCAAAAUAAUUGAUUUGUUCAGUCAAAUCAAUUACAAUAAUGCACCAACUAUCAAAGAGUUUGGACUUAGUGUUGGGACUAAAUUCGAAGAAGUUGAUGGCCGCGUUUUGGAGGCUCCAUAUCUAGAAUAUCGCGGUAAUAAGACGAUUCAACCAAGCAGGGGAGUAUGGCGAGCAGAAAAAUAUCAAUUUUUGCUUCCCAGUACAGAUAUCGUCCGACGUUCAUUAUGUUGGACUAUUUUGAAUUUAGACCAGAGAACACGUCAAGAUGCAAUUGAACGUUUUGGAAAAAUGAUCUACGAUAUAUCAAAAAGACAAGACGUGCAGCUUGAACCUUUUUCGAUGGCACGAAAUUGGAUGGAGCCUCGUGUCAUGAGAGAGUACAUUCGAGAACUAGAUAGUAUUUUCGGAAAACUCAAAGCAGACCGUAUGGAUUUGGUAAUUGUUAUAAUCCCAGGUAUUGGCGAUGCAUACGCUAAGGUGAAACAAAAAGCCGAAUUGGUUACUGGCUUACUAACUCAAUGCAUUAAAGGCGAUACUAUAUUUAAAAAGGGCACCGACCAAAGUACGUUAAACAAUAUUUGGCUGAAGAUUAACGCUAAAACAAACGGGACUAAUCAUAAACUAGUGCAAAAUUAUAAACCUCCUUUCGCUAGGAAGCAUGUUAUGUUCGUUGGUGCAGACGUGACCCACCCUUCACCAGAACAAACGAAUAUACCCAGCGUGGUAGGCGUGGCAGCCUCGUAUGAUCUGGAGGGAUUCCGUUACAACUGUUGUUACCGACUUCAAAAUCCCAAAGAUGAAAUGAUCCGGGAUCUUGAAAAUAUAGUUUGCAAACAACUUCGACUUUACCAGCAACAAAACAAUUCUUUACCAGAGCUAAUAAUGUAUUAUCGAGAUGGCGUUUCCGAAGGACAAUUCGCCGAAAUUUUGACAAUCGAGUUAAGAGCCAUUCAAGAUGCGAUUGCCAAAAUAAAUCCUGAAUACAAACCGAACGUUACUUUCAUCGUGGUCCAAAAACGACACCACGCCCGAUUCUUUCCAACCGGCGGGUUCCUCACAGAGGGGAAAAACAAUAAUGUACAACCAGGAACGAUCGUAGAUCGACACAUAACAGCUCCGAACCAGUAUCAGUUCUUUUUGGUUUCUCAUGCUGCUGUCCAAGGAGUCGCUAAGCCGACUAAAUACUGCGUUCUUUAUGAUGACGAAAAGUGCGAUCCAGAUCAACUGCAAGCCUUGACGUACAAUUUAUGCCAUAUGUUCGCGCGCUGUAAUCGUUCAGUAUCUUAUCCAGCCCCGACUUACUAUGCCCAUUUAGCGGCUUAUCGUGGAAGAGUUUAUAUCAAAGAUCGUCCACUAAACAUGGAUAAUUUGUUGCACGAGUAUCAACAAUUGCAAAUAAAAACCGAAAUCAUAGAUGGACACCCGAUGUUUUUCGUCUAAAAUGUUUCGUUUUGAUAUAAUAUAUGUAGAAAUAUCCAUUGGUUGACCCCUCCACAGCAGUGCUGACAACUAAAAGACGUGCACAGUUAACUUUCUUAAAUACCUCUGUAUAAUCUUUCUUUUCCAAUCGAACAUUCGAGCGAUCAGGACACUAAUAAUAAAAACCAUUUUUUUACCGUA